AUUUUAAGUACAAUUGUGGAUAGUGAUUCUUUAGGAGUUUUUCAAAUUUUGUUAAAAACAUUAAAUUUUGCACUUGAUAUUUUGAAAUAGAGUUAUAAUUGUGGCUUUGUCUGAAAAGGAGGAUUAAAUAUGACUAAUAUAAAAUUCGCCACCAAUUUAUCCUUUAUGUUUCUGGAGUCACCAUCAAUCAUAGAAAGAUAUCAAUUGGCAAAAGAAGCUGGUUUUAAAGCUGUGGAAAGUGGAUUCCCUUUUGGUUUUACCAUUAAAGAUGUAUCAGAAGCAAAAAAAAACGCAGGCGUUGAACAAAUUCUCAUAAAUGUUUUUACAGGUGAUGUAUCAAAAGGAGAACUGGGAUUUGCAGCAAUACCUGGAGAAGAAGAUAACUUCAAAAAGAGCAUUGACUUGACAAUAGAGUAUGCAAAAGCUUUAAACUGCAAACGAAUUCAUAUAAUGUCCGGUAAAGUCGGUCAAGUAACACCUAUUAACAAUGCUGUUUAUGAAAAAAAUCUUCGGUAUGCAGUUGAAUGUUUUCAAAAAGAAGGAAUUAUUGGCCUUAUUGAACCUAUUAAUAAUAUUACAGUUCCAAAUUAUUACAUGAAUAGUUUUCAAAAAGGCCUAGAUGUGGUAAAAAGGAUAAAUAGUCCAAAUUUGAAGUUGCAACUCGAUGUUUUCCACCUACAACAUAUUUGUGGCAAUAUUACAAAAAAUAUAAAGGAACUUCUGCCCUACAUAGGUCAUGUACAAAUUGCUCAAGUUCCGGACAGACAUGAACCCGAUACUCCAGGAGAAGUAGAUUAUAAAUACGUCCUUACCACCUUGGAAAAAGAAGGAUAUAGUGGAUAUGUUGGUUUGGAGUAUCGUCCAAAGUCAUCGUCUGUAGAAGGAUUAAAUUGGAUACAAAAAUAUGGUUACAAAUUAUAAUAAGAAAUUUUAAACAUUUGUUGAAAGUUUCCACCUAUAAUUAGUAAGUAAUUAUUUUAUUUCUUAUUAUUACUUAAGAGAAGAAUAAAGAACCUUUUACGAAAACUGCAUACAUUUUUGCAUUA